CCGUUAACUUGCUAAUAAAUAUAUAUAUAUAUAUAUGUAAGUAGAGUAACUAAUAUCGUGGAAGAUAUUUAGUUAAUUGAUAAAUUGAUAAAGUGAUAUAAUAAAUUUUAUAGAAUUAAAAUGGAGGACAGUGGAAUUCUCUCGGUAAAUUCACAAACUCAGCCAACUGAAAUUUUACCUUUAUCCGAUAUAGGAAAAGACCAACAUACAAAAUCAAAAUCAUGGGGUAACUCAAGUAGAGCAAAUACUGAUCAAGAUGAGUAUAAUAUAGAUAAUAUGAUCCAUGAAGAUACUAUAGAGUAUAGAGAUGACAUGCCAUCUACUCCAGUAGAUGUAUCUACUGCUUUGAUGUAUGCAUCUGAGAAUAAUCCUGAUCGUUUCCCAGAUGGAGGUUUGCAGGCCAAUUUAGUUUUAUUAGGAUCAUUCAUUGGAUUAAUUGCUGAUUUUGGGAUUGCUAAUGCUAUGGGGGCUAUUGAAUCGUAUGUCUCUACUCAUCAAUUAUUAAAUGACAAACAAACUAAUGUUUCAUGGGUAUUUUCUUUACAUUUGGGAGUAAUGUAUUUUGGUGGAGUAUUCUUUGGAGAAUUAUUUGAUAAGUUUGGUGCAAAAAGACCCUUAAUUGUAGGCACAAUAUGUAUGACUACUGGAUUAAUAUUAACUGCCGAAAGUCAUACUUUAUAUCAAUUCAUUUUAUCAUUUAGUUUGUUAACUGCCAUAGGAACUUCAAUUUGCAUGUCUCCGUUAAUUGGAGUUUUAAGUCAUUGGUUCUUGAAAAAGAGAGCUAGAGCUUGUUCAAUUGCCACUAUUGGAGGUUUAGUUGGAGCUUCUUGUUUUGCCAUAAUGUUACAACAAUUAUAUGAUAAAAUUGGUUACAAAUGGGCUGUUAGAGUCUUGGCUCUUAUUUGUUUAACAUGUAUGAGCAUUUCAAUCUUAUUAGUAAAAGAAAGAACUCAUACUAAAAUAGAGAAAUCUCAAGAUGAUGGAUCCAUUCAACAAGUAGAAGAAGAUGUGAUUCCUGAGACUGAAGUGGAUAUUGAGGUAGAAGUAGAUGGAACUACAAAACCAAAGUCAGAGCCUACAUCUAAAUCUAAACAUCAUCUUACUGAAGGAAAUAUCCUUAAGGCUGCCAUUCUGUUUUUGCGUGGAGCCUUAGACUUCUCUAUGUUAAAAGAUCAAAGAUUCGUCUUAUUAACGAUUGCUGUUUUCUUAGCAGAGAUUAUAUCUAUGACAACAUUGACAUACUUAUCAUCUUAUGCUCUUAAUUUUGGACUUUCUAAUUCGAAAUCAUACUUAUUAAUUACAAUUGUUAAUGUUUGUGGGAUUCCUUCCAGAUUAGUAUCCGGUAUAUUAGCAGAUAAAUAUGGAAGAUUUAAUGUUAUGAUUGGAACUUCUGUCUUAACAACUAUCGUUGUAUUUGCAGUCUGGUUGCCAGCUAGAGGAUCAGUUGGAAUGCUUUUUGCAUUUGGUGCAUUAUUUGGUGUAUCUACUUCAGCUGUUAUAUCACUCAUUCCAGCAUGUACUGGACAAAUUUGUUCAGCUGAAAAUUUUGGUAAAGUAUAUGGUACUUUAUAUUUCUUUUUAGCAUUUUUAACAAUUUUAGGGAUGUAUUUUGCUUCAUUGGUCAUAAGUGAUCGUAGUUUAACUGACUAUAGAAAUUUUGUUUUAUAUGAAGGUGCGUUAGCAGUAGCCAGUGUAAUUUCAUGGUUAUGGGCAAGAUACACAGCUGUGGGUUGGAGACUUGUAAAGUUUUAAAUAUAGGUUACAAUCGUCUCUUUCAAGUACAAGUAAAUAAAUUUUAAUUAGUUUGAGCUCAAAGACGCAAUUGUUGCAGCCAAAAUAUAUGCUUUACGAAUUAAUGAUUUACGUAUAAAAAUCACGUAAUUACUUACAUGUAAUAACUACCUCAUGUUCGUGGUUGG